AUGCCGUCGGGCUUAGCGGCGGUGCCGCCGGCGCAGUUGCCAACCAAGUAUCGCGAUGUGAUCAAGAUCGCAUUGCGACCGCGCCAGACUCGAGCGUUCAUCCUUUCCGCAGUAGCAUGGCAUUUGCUCUUGACCUCGGCAUUGCUCAGUACCGCCUCUCUGUCGCUUAUGUCACCAUUGACACUGGGUGUUAGCUUGUUGUCGUUUGCUGUUGGUGUCCUGCCUUUGCUCGCAAAGCGGAAACGCAAGUUGUCGCAAAUCACGACACCACCUGCUCGCCUAGCGCCUUCCAAGGCUCAACAGCUAUCGUCAGCGCUAACUGAUCCGGCACUGCUACCGCUGGUAUAUCAGCACGUUGCUGCGUUUGUUGUGCUGGCGUUGGGUUACGCUGCGCUGCUCACGUAUCGGUCGGGCGGAUGGGCCCCUCAAGUAUGGGUGGAGUCGCAUGGAUCUUUGUACCUCAACGAACGCUUUCUCUACCUCAUCGGUCAAUCUAUACUACUCGGAACUGUCUAUGCAUUCCUUUUGCGUGGUCUGCCGUCACCUGAAUCGGUAGCAUCGCCUUUAUUCGACCCGUCAACUUUGACCUCGGAUACCGCGGUGACGAUCAAAGAUCGUGUCGCCUCUGCCUUCAGCACGCGUCUUCCAAGGGCGGCAAGUGUUGCAGCUCUCACCUCAUCAACGAGCAUUCUGAUCUACAGCAUCAUGCGCAUUCGUAUGUGGAGUGCCAUCUUGAUGGUCCUCGGAACGCGUGGAAUGAUGCGAAGACUCUUUGUCCCUUCAUUCCGCGUCGACUUUGCGUAUGUCGAAGUGUCGCUGCGCACAGUGCUAUUCAGUGUUGCAGCUGUUUGCGCCGUAGAGACGGCGUACUUGCUGUUGGACGUAUACCUCACACAUCCGCUACCGGCUGUCAGCAAGCAUACAAAGUUUCCGAAUCGAUUGCUGCUCGAUGGCAUCCACGAACCAACUCUCUUCUUUUCGAAUCACGCAUUUUCGGAGCUGGCAAGGCUGAGUGCGGAGGACAAGGAUAUAAGGCGGUCCAUCUACAAUGACGUCGGCGGAGACGUUACGGCAUGGAUGCAGAUUCGAGAUCGUUGUAUCAGGCUGUUGGAGGAGAGUAAGGUGUUUGUGGAACGUCGUGGACAACUUUCGUCUUCCACACCACCUCGAACUCAACCUUCGUCGCAGCAGACUGUUGAAAUCCAGCAGCAAAACAACAGUGCCAAGCCUCGUCCAACCAUCUGGGAUCAGCUGGCAGCUGGACAAACCCCACCCAAAGAGAGCGUUGCAUCCGCUACGACACCUGCACCUGCCACUAACAGCGCCAGCAAACCAGGGCCGUCGGCGUCAGCGCUGCUCAGUGUGCACAGCGUGUCCAAGGCAGCUGUGAGCUUGGCGACGUUGAUCUGGAAACUGCUGCCCGCUGACGCUAAACACGUCGUGUUCGGACCACGUCGACAACAAAUGCUGUUGGGCGAAUCGCCUGCCUCGCAAGCCAGCUCGAUUGUGGCACGUGAUGCACACCGCACCAUCUGUGCGAUCCUGACACUCAAAGCGUUGCUGUGUCACAGCCUGGACGAAGACGCAUACGGCAGCGUAUCGAAAGACAUCCAACGAAUCCUGUCGGAGAUGGUGGAUCUGGAGCUGCAGAUUCGGUCGUUGGGGAUGCAGCUCGAACGCCAGGCGAUGGAGAUUGAUUCGAAGCUGCAGAAGCUCGUUGACCAGGUCACCCAUGCACAGGGAGACAAAGCCAAGCAACACGAGGCGUGGGCUAGCCAUGUGCAGCUAGAGCUCAGCCAGGCGUGGGCGAAAAGGGGAGCACGCGAUAUGGAUCUGAGCCUGAUCGCUGCCAUGAGGCAAAUCCUGAACACGUUUGAGAAGUUCGAUCUGGCAUUCGGGGAUGACUUGGAGCUCAAAUUGGGUGAGUGUUUGCGUUAA